AUGCCAAUGCUGAGACAGCUGCUGCUCUUUUCCUUUGCUCUCCUACUGUGCCUGCAACCUGUACCCAGCACCGGGCACCCCCAUAUUCCACAGCUCACCAUGACCAGCUUCUCCGUCCGCUCCACCAUCAUGUCCCGCUACGCCUCCACCCGUGUUCGGACCGACCUGAGCAACCCCCACGCCGAGCCCAAGGAAGCCAUCUUCGACCUAGACCUGCCCAGCUCGGCCUUCAUCUCCAACUUCACCAUCACCAUCAACAAUAAACUCUAUGUGGCCGAGGUGAAAGAGAAGCAUCAAGCCAAGAAGAUGUACGACGAGGCCCGGAGACAGGGCCAGACAGCGGCUCAUGUUGGCACUAGGGAUCGGGAGACGGAGAAGUUUCGGGUCUCUGCCAGCGUAGCGGCCGGAAGCCAGGUGUCCUUCGAGCUCAGCUACGAGGAGCUGCUGCAGCGGCACCUGGGCAAGUACCAGCACGCCGUGAGCGUGCGUCCCCAGCAGGUGGUGGGGAACCUCACCGUGGAGGUGAGCAUCUCGGAGCGCACCGGCAUCGACUACGUCCACGUGCUGCCCCUCCGCACCAGCCGCCUCCUCACCAACACCUUGCGAGGGGACGCCGAUGUGCCGCCGUCCACCCGGGUGGAGAAGGGGAGCCACUGCGCUUGGGUUGUCUUCACCCCGACCCCGCAGGAACAGGCGGCUGUCUCCAGCUCGGGCAUCCUGGGGGACUUCGUGGUACAGUACGACGUGGCCAUGCCAGAUGUGGCUGGGGACGUGCAGAUCUACAACGGCUACUUCGUUCACUACUUUGCCCCCCGCGGCCUGCCCCCCGUGCAGAAGAACGUGGUGUUUGUCAUCGACAUCAGCGGCUCCAUGCACGGCCCCAAGAUGAAGCAGACCAAGAAGGCCAUGCACAUCAUCCUGAGCGACCUUCACCCGGACGACUGCUUCAACAUCGUCACUUUCUCCGACACCGUCCACGUGUGGAAGGCCGGGCGCUCCAUCCUGGCCACGGCCCACAAUGUUCGCAGUGCCAAGGACUAUGUCCACAGGAUGGAAGCUGAUGGAUGGACCGACAUCAACAAAGCCCUGCUGGAGGCCGCCUCAGUGCUGACCCAGAGCACGCCGGAGCGGUCCCCCAGGCGGAUCCCACUGCUCAUCUUCCUGACAGACGGGGAGCCCACGGCGGGCGUCACCUCAGGCACUCGCAUCCUGGCCAACGCCCGGCAGGCCCUGGGCGGCUCCGUCUCGCUGUUCGGCCUGGCCUUCGGGGACGACGCCGACUACGGGCUGCUGCGGCGCCUGGCACUUGAGAACCGGGGUGUGGCCCGGCGCAUCUACGAGGACGCUGACGCCACCCUGCAGCUCGCUGGCUUUUAUGACGAGAUCGCCAGCCCACUGCUAUACGAUGUGGCCCUGUCCUACCGCGACGGCGCCGACCUCACCCGCACCCUCUUCCCCCACUACUUCCAGGGCGCCGAGCUGGUGGUGGCCGGGCGGCUGGCCCCGGGGGCCACCGAGCUGCACGUCGAGGCCGCGGGCCACGGGCAUGCCGGGCAGCUGAGGCUGGAGAACGAUAUCUCGGCCAACGCCACGGAGGCCGCCCCGUUCGGCUGCUCUCCGGAUCUGGGGCAGAUCGGGCGAUUCGUCCAGCGCCUCUGGGCCUACUUCACCAUCCAGGAGCUGCUCCGGGCCCGGUUCCACUCCAACGACACCACCGCGCGCCGUCUGCUCACCGAAAAGGCCACCAACCUCUCACUGAAGUAUAACUUCGUCACGCCCGUCACCUCGCUGGUGGUGGUCAAGCCGGAGGAGGAGGAGAGUACCACGGCUCGGGCCACGCCAGGGGCUCCUGGCACACCCCUGACCACCACAGUGGCCCAUCGUGCCACCAAAGCUUCCAGAGUCACGCUUGCUCCGGGGGCCACAUCCACUUCGCUCCCUGACGGUGCCACCAAAGCUGCUACAGCCCUCCCCAACCUAGCCAGAGCCACGCCCGUCCCAGGAGCAUCUGCCACGUCCCAGGGAGCCUCCAACCUAGCCCGAGCCACGCCGGCACCUGGCACUGCCACGGCAUCGUCAGCUCCUCCCACGGCCCACGGUGUCACCAAAGCAGCCAGAGCCACACCCGGAAGAGCGCCCAAAGCUGGGAACCCCAGGGCCACGGCUCAUCCGCCGCCGAGCCCAGGAUCAGCCACGGCACCCCCCUCCGGCCAGCAGGAGAUGCCCCCGCAGCCGGCCACCAAGCGCCAGCCACAUCCCAGAACAGAGAGGGCCCCCUUCUCGUGGGGAACAGCAGCUCCCACGGCCCGGACUGUCACAGACACCUGGACUGGCAACAGCACGGCUGCCACCACCCCAAGGGCGGAGUCCAAGGGCCCCCGAGGCACGCCGGGCGCCAUGGGCUCCAUCCCACCUGCUGCCGACCUCAGCCAGUGGCUGCUGCUGCUGCCGGCAGAGUCAGAGCUGCUGUCAGCAAAAGACGUGGCUGAGGAAUUCGUGGAGUCCCUCCACCCGCCGGCCGUGUACAGCUUUGUGGCGGCCAAAGGAGAGAAGGGUGUCCUGGAUUAUGAAGACUACUCAGACUGGUUAGAGGAACAGGACGGCGACACAGCUGGCAUGGCAGACUUGGCUGGUGCCAAGUUCUUCACUUUCUCCUCCUCAGUGGACGGAGACCCUCACUUCGUGGCACGACUGCCUGGCUCCCCUGAGACCCUGUGCUUUACCCUGGAUGGGCACCCAGGAGACGUGCUCCAGCUGGUGACUGACCCCCCCCAAGGGCUGUCAGUCCACGGCCACCUGGUUGGCGCCCCCCCAAGGCCGGGCUCGGCGGAUCGGCCACGCACCUACUUAGACGCCAUCACGGUGCGGGUGGAGCCUCCCCGGCUCCGCUCCGUGAUCACCGUGACGCUCCGGGGCGUGGCGCUGCAGGGGGAGGGGGUCCUGGAUCUGCCCUUCGGCCGCCCGGCCUGGGUCAGCCGCCCCGGCCUGGGCGUGCGGGUGGGGCCGGGCACCAAUGUGACGCUGCAGCUGGGCGCCGGGCUGGAGUUCGUGGUCCAGCGCCAUCGGUACAGCCACCCCAGCCCCCUGCAGAGAGACCACCUGGGCUUCUACGUGCUGGACGGCAGCGGGCUCUCGGCCCAGGCCCACGGGCUGCUGGGUCAGUUCCAGAACGCUGACAUCCGACUGCAGCCGGGCGCCGGGGAGCGGCCCGCCCGGCUGCAGAGAGGGGGGGCCACGGUCCCGGCCACGCGAGUCACCAAGCUGCUGAAGGACUCGCCCCUGCCGGCCCACCAGGCCCCCUGCUGGCUGGUGAAGGGCAGUGACGUGGAGGCCCUGCUGGGCGGGGCCUACAGCACCUUCAUGGUCCCCCAUCCGCUGGAGGCGUGA